AUGGACACCAUAUGUUUAAUAUGCAACAAUAAAAAGGAAAUGAUGUACUGCUCACAUUGUUUAAACACUUCACCUAACCUGUUUAUGCCAUUAAAGAUGAAAUUGUUGUUAUUAAAAGAAGAGAAUGAACUCCUGAAACAGAGAGUGGAUAAUAUUUUAAACUAUGCAAUAGAUAGACAUCAAGAUCAGAACAUUGAUGGUAAUAAUGAUAAAAUAUUCCAAACUAACACCGAUAUUGAGCAAAAAAUCUUAUCUCAGCAAUUGGAAAAGAUUGACAUAUUAAAAAUGAAGAUGAAGAAUAAUAGGAUUAAAAUCAGAAUAAAACAGAUAUCAGAAAGGAUAUACAAUCGAGCAAAAUUACUAAAGGAAAAAGAAACCAAUUAUUUAAAAAAGAUACCCUCAAAUGCAAAACAAUAUUGCGAUGAUACUGAACUUGAUUCAAUUAAGUACAAACUAUCCCAUAUACAGAAAGUAUACAAGUUGACAAAAGAUAAUGAAUGCCAGUCAUUGAUAAAGUGGUUCAACAUUAAGAAGCGUGAUGAUUCAUAUGAAAUCCAAUACACAAUAUGUUUUUUACCUGUAGUGUCAUUAAAGAAUUUCCAUAGAUUGUCAGGGUACAUAUCGAAAUUAUCUAUUGGCAAGACGUUCCAAUUUCUGGUCAUUUAUUUAGAAAUUUUAAAAAUUCAGACAAAGUACGAUAUUGAAAGAAUCUUGAAUACUAUAAAAAGCAAUGAUUACUCAAGUCUAGAAGACAAUGAUAUUGCUGAGUGGAUAUCUGUAUUAAUAAUGAUAAUAUUUGAAAUCGGAAGACGUAAAAAUGUUCUGCCCAUGGAAUCGAUGGAUCUAGUAUGGCUUAUCGAUCAAUAUGAUAUCGAUGCACUGUUCUAUAAUGUUAUCAUGAAUGAAAACAAAAUAAUCGAAUGUAGAACUCUAACCGAUCAGAUAUGGACUUUUGAAAAGAUUCUAAGUGUCGUUUCAGAUACUCUACAGUUAUCGAUUAAUUCAACUGCUUCUAUAGAAAAUGAUCUCAGAUAUAGUGGAAUCAUAGAGGAAGAUGAGGAUGUCUGGUAUAUAGUUAAAUAA